ACCUUGUUUCACACACAAAAUCCAUAAUCCAAAAAAACAAUGAAACCCCAUUUCUUAACUCUCUCUAUAAAUACCUUUCCAACCCAUCACCCACUUCACAACCCAACCUUCCUCCUAAAUAAAAAAACAAAACUUUCCCUUCCUCUGUUUCCUCUCUGUUCCAACCAAAACCAAAACCAAAAUGGCUGCAUACAGACAACCCAUGAGCACAACCGAAAGAGCACCAACCUCCCCCCAAAUACCACACUCACCAUGGCAUUCACCAGUCCCUUACCUCUUCGGUGGUUUAGCUGCCAUGUUAGGCCUCAUAGCUUUCGCUCUCUUAAUCCUUGCAUGUUCUUAUUGGAAACUCUCUGGUUACCUCGAAGGCAACGGAGAAUCCGAACGAGACCUUGAAGCUGGACAAGAAACAAACGACACAGAUCAAAAACCUCAGAAGCCUUACGAGGAGAAAAUCUUGGUGAUUAUGGCGGGACAAGCCAAGCCAACAUUCUUAGCAACACCAAGCAUGUCUUCAUUAAGCGUAGGUACUAGUAGAUCCUCGUCUUUCGGGGAUAACACUAGUACAUGUACUUGUGACCAGAACCAGAAAUCAAAGGAAAACAUGAACGAUGAUGCCAAUAACGAUAACGAUGACGAUGAUGGUGAUUCAAGUGUGAAACAAGGAAGUGGUGAUGAAAAUCGUGUUCCAAGAACAGAGAGUGUCGAAAGAACAACAACAGCAGCAACAACGACAACAGAAACAACAACAUCAACGGAUCAGAACGUUUAAGAAACAAAACUUGGUUUGCAUGUUCUGUGAUUGGUUUAGAAUUUUAGUUAAAUCCUUGUGUUUUUUUUUAUGGAACAUGUGUAGUUUUAUGUACUCACAAACAAAGUACAACUGUACAUUAAUAUUUCGGGAAUGUAAAUUUUGAGGUUGAAUGGAAGGUUUCUUAGCUAGUACUAA